AUGGCCACGCUAGAGACGCUGCCCAUUCUUAGUGACCCAACCUACCCUAGUCCAGAGAGUUUCCCCAGCUUUGCUCCCCGACCAUCCCAGCUCCUCCCCCAGCGCGCCAUGGGGAGCGUGGGCAGCGGUGUUGCCAAUGACCAAGAGUUCGCCAUGAAGAGCGUGGGGACCCGGACGCAGAGCAGCAGCCGGCAGCUGGAGGGCUCUCGCAACGGCUACUCCACGCGGGAGAUCUCCAACCGCUACUCGGGCGAGGAGAAGACCUACAAGUCGGAGAAGGUCUCCAAUUCCCUCUACAUCAACGGCGACUUGCGGAAGAGCGAGAAGGUGAAGAUGGACAUCUGUGGGAACGUGACCACCAACAACGAGAAGAACAUGCCGCCGCCUCCCCAGUACCGAGAGCCCAAUAACCCACCAAAGAUAUUGCCGAUCUCCGGCAAACUGGACCAGAGCAAUGAGCCCUUAGUUAGACCCUCAGCCUUUAAACCAGUAGUUCCUAAAAACUUCCAUUCCAUGCAGAACCUCUGCCCGCCGCAGAGCAACGGAGUGACAGAGAAUAGAAAGAGCUUGAACCAUGCCAACAGCAAUAGCCCAUCCGCACCCAAGAGUGGACUGGACAAGAGCAGCCUUAACAGGACUACAAACCAAGUGGGAGGCCUUUCGGAUUCGGGGCGGAACUCGUUAACCAGCCUGCCCACCUACGGGACAGGCUACAGCCAGCACGUGGGCCCCAUGAGCGCCUCCACCAGCCACAUCAACCGCAUCGGCACCACCUAUGUGGAGAAGAACAUGGUGGGAUACAACGGGAUAUCUACCUCAGACAGCGGGCGGUCCUCGAGCAAGAGCACCUCCUCCUUCAGCAGACUGAACCAUCUCAACGAGACGAUGCCUUUCCACUCGCCUUCCACCGACGACAUCAUCCAAGACCUGGAAGACCGACUGUGGGAGAAGGAGCAGGAGGUCCUUCAGAUGCGAAGGAACUUGGACAAAAGCGAGGCGGCCAUCUUCCAAGUGUUCGAGGAGAAGCAGAAGAUCUGGGAGAGGGAAAUGGAGGACCUGAGGCAAAACUACGCCAACAAACUGCAGCAGGUCUCCAAAAAGGCGCAGCGGGCUCAGCAGGCCUUGCAGCUCCAAAUCUUCAAGCUCCAGCAGGAGAAAAAAAAACUCCAGGAUGAUAUGGGACAACUCCUCCAGCAACGAGAGGAGCUGGAGAAGAAAUUUGUGGCUUUCAAGAAGGAGCAGGCUGAAUUUCUCCCUAAGAUUGAAGAGACCAAGUGGGAGGUGUGCCAGAAAGCAGGUGAGAUCUCCCUGCUCAAGCAGCAGCUGAAGGACUCCCAAGCAGAUGUCUCCCAGAAGCUGAAUGAGAUCGUGGGACUACGGACGCAGCUGAAGGAAGGUAAGAACUUCCUGCGGGAGAAGGAGGAGCAGAUCCUCACCCUGAAGGACUCCUACAGCUCCAAGAGCGUCAACCUGGAGAUCUGUGAGAGUGAGCUACAGCGGAAGAUGAGCGAGGUCCAGGUGCUGAGGGAAAAACUGAACCACUGUGAGCUGGAGGUCUCCAGCCUGAAGCGGACACUUGCCAGCAUGGGACCUCCAGCACCUUUUGGUGGGGACCCUGGCGAGAAGCUGCGGGACCCACUGGCCUGUGAGAGCGACGAAGCCAAGAUGCAGCGGCAGAGCGAGGACAGCGUCAACGCGCUGCGGAAGGAGGUGGAGCGGCUGCAGGCCGAGCUGAAGCUGGAGCGGCAGCAGCGGGAGCAGCAGGUGAUGGACUUCGAGGAGGAGCGGCGCACGUGGCAGGAGGAGAAGGAGAAAGUCAUCAAGUACCAGAAACAGCUGCAACUCAACUACGUGGAGAUGUACCAGAAGAACCAGCUCCUGGAGCACAAAGUGAAUGAGAUGAACACGAAGGCGACCAGUCCCCCGCACACCGAGGAGAAAAAACCAUGGACUCCCUCCAGACUCGAGCGAAUAGAGUCCACCGAGAUCUGA